AUGGAAGAGGCUACUGAUAUCUCAUACUACAUCGGAAAAGAUGGAGUUGAGGCGUUGAGAGCAUUAGAUGUUCCAUUAGAAGAAGGUGAUGUUGUUUCAAUUAAUCUAGCAAAUAUCGAUGAACAAGAUCCUGCUGAAAUUAUUCAAUUUCUUGCUGAUACCAAGAGUGGGAAACAUUAUUGGAUCAUCGUGGCCCGUGCUUAUGCCCAAUUGGGAAAAUUAGUAAAUGCCGUCCAUAUCAUCAAAUCGGCCUUGGAGUCUAAGAAUUUUGGCAAUGAAGAUAUAAAGACCCUUCAAUCUUUUUUAAUAUGGUUACAUUUCAAAUUUGCUUCUGCUGGGAUUGAUAGGAGUAACCAUUUGGUUGAAGCAAGUACUGAGAUUGCGAGCUUGUCAUCGCGGAUACACGACGAUGCCCAAUCUUCACCAGUCAACAAUACCAGUAACUUUUUAUCCCAGGCAGUGUUGGCAUUGUAUCAAGGCCAUGACGACGAAGCAUCUCAAAUUUUUGAAAGGAUAUUGAAAAUAGAUCAACAGAAUACGUUUGCCUUAUUGGGCAAAGCACAGGCAUUAUUGAACAAGUCGAAAAACUAUGCAAAUGCUUUAAAAUUGUACCAACAAGUUUUGGUAUUGAACCCAGCCACAAAGCCAGAUCCCAGAUUGGGUAUUGGAUUAUGCUGUUGGUUCUUGAACGAUGAAAAGAUGGCAAUUCAAGCAUGGGAACGUGCACUUGAACUAGAUCCCAAAAAUUUGAAAGCAAGGAUAUUUUUGAACUUGGCUCAUUUUCAUGAAGCGUUCAACAACUCUUGGAGUGAUGAGGAGUUUAUCACCAACUAUAAAGCUUGUUUGAAUGAAUUAGCAAAGAUCCACAAAAGUAAUGUGAAUGAUGCAACUGUGUUAUUGGUCCUUGCAUCAUACUACUACUCCAAGAACGAUUUUGAAACUGUUGAAAGAUUGUUAAAAAAAGUUGUCAAGGAUAUAACGGGAGAUAGUAGUUUGACUAAACUAACUACACAUUCUAAAGCAUCCAAGUAUGAGUCUAAUGUGUUGUCUGAAUGUGGUACUUGGUUAGGAAGAGUCAAAUUUUCCGAGGGUGACUUCAUCCAAGCGUCUAGGUAUUUCCAAGAAGCAAUCAAAUUGAAUGACUUGAAUAUAGUAGCCAAGUUGGGAUUAGGUCAAUCACAAUACAAUCGAGGCUCAGUAGACGAAGCAACAUUGACAUUUGAGUCCAUUUUACGCAGUAAUGCCAAUUGCUUGGAGGCUAAUUAUUCACUAGGAGUCAUUUACGCAAAACAAAGUUCAAGAAAAAAGAAGGAGCUCGCCAUUCAAGUUUUGGAGCGAUAUAUUAGACUUUCAAAUAAUAGAGGGUUAUCGUCGAGUAAAAACGAUGCUGAUUUCUUGUUGAACAAAGAGCCAGUUGCAUUGAAUGCAUAUUUGACUUUGAGCAGUUUAUACGAAAGUACUGAUUUAAGUCAAGCACUUUCAUAUUUGAACAAAGCGGUCGAAGCAAGAAACCAAGUGGGUAAAGAUGUACCUUUGGAGAUAUAUAACAAUAUUGGUGUAUUUCAAUUUACUAAACAAAAUUUCAAGGGGGCAUUGGAGAACUUUCAAGUGGCUAUUGAUAAAUUGGAUGGUGCUGAGUUUUUAAGUCCCGAUGGGGAUGUAUUGAUUGAUUUACCAAGCGAUUUGAGAGUUAGUUUGACUUUCAAUUCAGCAAGGACGAAGGAGCUUUCAAAUGAAAAGGAGGCUUUGGAGACGUAUGAGUCUUUAUUGUCUGAAUGCCCCCAUUAUUUUUCAGCGAAGUUGAGAAUUUUGUUCUUGUCAUGUAUACUGGAAACUGGUUUAACACCAAAGGAGAUUCAAUCUGAGAUUGAUGAGUUGUUAAAAUUGAAUGCAUCCGAUUUGGAAAUCAGAUCAUUUUAUGGGUGGUUUGCCAAAAACUUUGGAAAGAAAUUGGGCAUGAAACCGGAUGCAGAUACAGCUUUUCAAAAGGAGACUCUUGUUGAAUAUGACAAACAUGAUUGUUAUGCCUUGCUUUCCUUGGCUAACAUCUAUUGCGUCUUGGCUAGAGAUUUAAAGGGUUCAAGUGUGGAGGAGAAAAAGAGGACGUACUACGUGAGAGCCACUGAAUUGUACACCAAAGUUUUAACGGUUGAUAGAAAGAACGUGUAUGCAGCACAAGGGUUGGCUAUUGUGUACAUCGAAAAUAAAGAGUCAACUAAAGGCUUGGACAUUUUGAGAAAAAUUAGAGAUUCACUUAAUGAUAUUUCGGUGUAUUUGAAUCUUGGCCAUGUUUUAUGUGAUGUUAAACAAUACGGAAAGGCCAUUGAAAAUUAUGAGCUUGCCUUGACUAGAUUCACUGAUGGUAAGGAUGUACAAAUCUUGACAUUUUUGGGUAGGGCUUGGGCCCUUCGUGGAAUCAAUGAGCAAAGUUUGAAUUUCCUCAAGACUGCAUUAGAAUACACUAAGCAGGCGUUUAAUUUGACAAAGGGGUCAAAAUCGGCUUUACUUUUCAAUAUCUCAUACAUUCAAUUCCAAAUUGCUGAUUUUAUCACUAAACAACCAGUUCAAAAGAGACAACCACAAGAUAUAAGUGAUGCUAUAACUGGAUUGAAUGAAGCUAUUGAAACAUUAAUGCGAUUAUCGUCAGAUGAAGAAAAGCAUCCGCCAUACCCUAAGGAUGAGUUACGAGGUAGAGCUAAUUUAGGUUCAAGUACAUUAUUAAGCCGAUUAACCAAUGCCCUUGAUGAAACUAAAGAAAACAUUGCUGAAAUUGAGCAAAGACUUGAAACUGCUAAACAAUUAAGAGAAAUUGAAAAAGAAGCUGAGCUUCAAAAGGAACAAGAGAGAAUUAAUGCCAUGAAGGAGAAAGAAGCCGAAUUGGCCAAACAAAGAGCAGCUUUGCAAGAGCAGGCGCAACAAUGGGCUGAAGAAUCAAGAAUGGACGUUGCUGUUAACGACGAAGAAGAGAAUGAUGAUAAAUUGUUUGAACAGGAAUUAGAGGGAGACAGCAAAAAGAAAGGUAAGGACCAGAAGGGUAAAGGUAAAAGUAGGUCAAAGAAGGGUAAAGGGAGUAGAAAAGUUGUAUCAGAUAGUGAUGAAGAAGAAGAAGAGGCUGAAUUUUCUGAGGAGAACGGUGAAUCAAAACCGAAUGGUAAGCGUCAACAUGUCUCUGAUGAGGAUGAGGAUGAUGUUGAAGAAGAUGAUGAACCUGUGUCUAAUGGAUCCAAGAGAAAAAAAACUCAACACUUGUCUAAUGAGUUUAUAAAGGACAGCGAUGAGGAAUUGGAAGACGAUGAUCUUUUCGGUGAUGAUAAAGAAGAUGAUGAACAAAAGGAGAAUGAAGGGAAUGGCGAAGAUAAAGCAGAGAAAGAGAAUGGUGAUGAAGAAUAG